AUGAGCUAUACCGGAGAUUUCGACAAGAACUCGGAACAAAAUAGGAUUGAUUCAAUUCAAGCGAAGUUUCUGCACGAAGAUUUAGAAGAGGAUGAGUUGAAGUACCAGACUGCUCUGAAACAUUGCCAAAAAUCUAAUACAACAUUUUGGGAUGGAGAGUAUGAAGUUCUUGGAGAUAAUGUUUUGAUAAGAGGAAAAAAGAAAUUCAAUUUAAAACUUGUGCAACCCAAUUUCCAAAAUUGGGAAUUAUGGAAUACGUGUCCCUAUCGAGUCUAUCAGAAUGGGCUGGGAAACUGUGGACUAAUUGCAAGUCUGGCAGCAAUUUCCAUUCAUGAAGGACUAAUUGAGUCUCUUUUUCGAGAUUUUAAAAUUAAUGAUUAUGGUGUGUAUCAAGUGAAGUUAUGUGUUGAUGGAGAAUGGGAAAAUUUUAUAAUUGAUGAUUGGAUGCCAUCAACUAAGAAAAAUCUAAAAGGUGUAAUGUCUAAAUCAGAGUUUGGCCAGAAUUUGUUAUGGGCGGCCUUGAUUGAAAAAGCUAUCGCCAAGUUGUAUAAUGGCUAUGCUAAUCUCGAAUUUUUCAAUUCAACCACAGCAUUGAGAACUACUACUGGAGCGCCCGUCAAACCAUUUCAAAUUAAUGAUUUCAGAGGGAAGACCAAUCAAUUAUGGGAAAUGUUAAUGAAAUCAAGAGUCAUUGAAAUAAAUGUACCCAAAGACUGCGAUAUUUGUGUUAGUGCCCUCAAACCGAGUUAUCAGAAACUACAGUAUCACACAUGGAUUUCGAUUCAUCGAGUUAACUCAAGAAAUCCUUGUGUACCAGAAGAAAUAAUGUUUUGUGAGCCGAUAUAUGAAUCAUCAGAAGACAUUUCCCUACCUCCUGGAGAUUACAUGAUUUAUGUUUCGAACUUUUUCGAGUCAUUCAAAAAAGAUGAACGGAAUGUUGUUAUACACUCUUCCAUACCAAUCAGUGCAAAACUGGAAAGUUGGAGCCCAGAAGUAUUGGUUGACGUCUAUCAGAGAAUAAUGGGAGAGAAGGGAAAAGAGACUUUGGAACAAAGAGAACGUGAUGUCAGUAUCAAAAAGUAUUUAGGAGACAAUUUUGUGAUGGUAAUGGCUGAAAAUUAUACAGAUGAUAAGUAUCUACAUGUUCACACCUUUUGCUCCAAAGUAAAAACGAGCUGGUUAUCAAGAGGAGAUGUAUAUAAUCAUAACUAUGGAGAUGUGAUUCCUCCGAGAUCUCGACAGAUACUCAUAACAAUGUGUCGUAAUGAGUAUUCCACGCAAAAAGGAUUCCCGAUGGCUAUUGAUUAUUACCUAUCGGAUGAAAACGUUACAGUGCUGGGGAUGUUGAAUCGAGCUUCCCAUAUUCCGAGUCUUCGCCCGACUGAUUAUAUUCAUCAGAUUGCUAAAAUAGAUUGA